AUGCCGCCGACGCAGCCGAUUCACGCUGGUUCGUUGUCGACCGUGACAAAGUUGGCCGACAAUCCGCCGUUGUAUGUGAACCCGACGGCGCCGGUGAUGCCGUCGCUGAUACUCUACAUUGUGAGGGUUCCGGGCAGCCAAGAUCUCUUCCUCACAACACUCCACCCUCUGUCCACAACAGUAACAGCUGAGGAUAUCAACGCCUGCAUCUACUACAUCCACAUCCACCCAAACAGCACUGGCACCGACACCGCAACCCCUCCCCAACCUAGUCACCUCGCACCCCGCCCUACCCACCACCGGCGAUGGUCCUCCCAAAGUCUGCGCUCACCGCGCUGGCACAAGACCAUCGGAACGCUCCCCACCAUGACCAUCGUGCGCCGCGACCCGGCCAGCGGCGCACAGUGGAACGUUGCAAAAGUCAGCCAGCUGCCACCGGUCCCAGAUAACGACGACGCCAGCAACAACGAUCGCAUCAUGCUCGAGAUCACCGCCGAGGGCUACGACAAGUUCUUGCCGCCUGCGAAGCCACCAUUCCAUCCGCCGCCGUCAACGCAGGGCGUCUCUUCAGAAGGGCCUGACCUCACGUGGCAGGACUUUGCGUACCGGACUGAAGCGGAGGAGCGGGAGGCUUGGGAGGCGAGGCGCCGCGGGCAGCUCAGGAGGGAGAGUAGCCAGUUUGGGAUGAACGAUUGGAUGAUCGAUGAUGACCAACCGCUUGAAGAGGUGGAUAGGGUGUUUAGGCGGGUAAUGUCGUUGGAAGGUGUUGGGUUCUGGAAGAGAGUAAAGGGCAUAGGACAUCAUAGGAAGAGUAAGAGUCAUGAUGGGAAUGGGAGCAAUGGUAGUAGCGGGGAUGGCGAGAAAGCUGGCCCGAGGAAGGAGAAGGCCAAAAAGAGAGGAUACGUCUUCCAAGGGCUUUGGGGCGCGGGUGCGGACGGUGGACUUGGUAGAUGUGGGUUCAAGGAUGAAGCUGCUGGAAAGUUCUUGAAGUGCAAAUAUUACCCACCAGAUAUCAAUUCAACUGCCCAACGCUCAUCCCUUCUCUCAGUCAUCGAAUUCAAGCCCCCCUCCACAACUGUCAUGUCUUCAUCGUCCUCUGGCCGUCAUAGAACUCCAAGCCCCUCGACAGACAUCAACUCAGCUGCCCCAGAAUCUAUAACAUCCGUAAAAUCAAAGCUGGGGAUGCUUGUGCUGCACAGCGAUGGGCAGUACAUGAUGGAUUUGCUAGUCGCUGCGAACAUGGCAGUGUUCUGGAGGCGUUGGGAGAGUUGGGCCGCCGAGAGAUCAGCUUUGGGCGCCAGGUAG